AUGUCUCAUAGUCCCACCGAAGUCAACGCUGCCACUGCCCUAGCCGACAUGUUAACAAACAACAGCCCACUAUCCUCUAGUUAUUCUGCUGUUAGUCGCGUAUCCGUGGGUAUAGAUGAUGGAUUCACGUUGCCGCCUCUUGUCGAGAUCCAUCCUUCAGCUUAUCUUCAAGCCCACACCGGCGCUAUCUUAGACGUGGAUGCAAGCACUAACAAGGGUCUGGGAUUUGUACCCCUGUUCAAUGCCGCGCCGGCCACGCCGGUGUCGUUAUCAAGUGAUCAGGAGAAGACGAGCUCAGCCCUUCUGACUCCGACGAAGACUCUCAUUUACAAACCCUAG